AAUAUCAAAAUGUUUAUGAGCCAAGUGAAUUAUGAAAACUUCAAAUCAGAAUGUAUAAGAUCUUGAAAUUUUAUAUCAAAUUUACUCUUAGCAUAUAUCUCAUCAAUAAUAAUAGAAGACUGUUAGUUUUGUUUAUAUUCUCAACUUUGACUUACUUGUGCCUUGAAAACUCAAAAUAUUUAUAAGCACUACUCCCAAAACCAUACGUCUCAAACAGAGAGAUCAGUAUCUUCUAUCAAUGUAUCGGCUUGAUCACAUUAACCGUUAAACUUGUAUAAGUAAUAGUAUAUUUAGGAUACACACAUUUAUACUGCAAUAUUCUACAUGGAAUGUUGUAAUAUCGCAUCGCAAUAAUUAAUCGCAAGGCCUUGUCAUGUUGACGUUCGUUAUUCGUGGGGUGUUUCUGGUCAGCAUAUUGGGCUGGUAUAGCGCCAUCGUCUGGAAGAUAAUCGACGGUUACUUCCAAGACGAGUUUCGCGCUUACUUGCAGGAAGAGUAUCGCAAGCAUCCGCGGAUCAAGGCCGACGUCGAGAGCGCCGGGGCUGUCGAUAAGGGGCCGGUUUCGAGCGCGUUGCCAGCCGAGCCGAGUUUGAGCCACGGCAUCGUGGAGACCUACGGUUCCAACGCGGCAUGCCCGGCCGACAUCGCAGACGCCUGUCCGCGCGCGAUCGUUUCGAGCGGGAAGAAACCGGAGGAAGCGGUGGCAGGUGGCACCAGCGAAAUCGCGGUCGCCGUCGGCGCCGGUACCACCGAGAAAAAUGCAUUCCCGGCGAACGCGGCCCGAUCGGCGCAGGAAAGUAGGAAAUCUCCUCCGAGCGGCAGCGACACGCGCGAUAAAGAACAGCGACCGGGUGCCAUCAAUCAGGACGCUGACCGCGAAGAGGCUCCGAUCGAGGGAAGCGUACUUCCGCACCCCGCGUCCACGCGUCGUGUCGAGAAACCGCGACGUCGUCUCGACAAGAAGACAUUAUUGCGUGCUUCGAAAGAGGUCUUGAAGGAGAUAUCGCGGAAAAUGCCGAGGAAUCAAAGAGUGAACACGCUCGUUCUGACCGAUGCUGAUUUCGCCGCCGCGAGGACCAGGACCAGGGACGACGGAGACGACGAUUUCUCAGAGUUCGAAGAAGAGGAGAAGGAUCAGAGGGUCCGUAAAGAAGGAGUUCUCGUAUCGGAAUUGCCAUUCAAGCCCAAGGCGGAUAUCGGCGACUUGGAUAGGGUUACCGCGGAAGAGUUCUGUCCCCUGACCUUGGAGGACGAGGCUUCCUGCGGGGAAACCACCACGUGGCCGUGACUGUGCUUGAUGAGCGCCGUCGCGGUGAAUUUGCUAGUAUUAGAUCCCGUGGAAAAAGUUGUGCAUUAACAGCGGGACACCGAAGGGCUUAGGAACAUGCUGAGAGAGCUGAGGCAGAAGGCUGCGCGACUGUUAUUAGAAUAAAUCUCUGUACAAUUAGUUUCGCGUCUUUAUUAAGGACGAUGAUGAUAGAUGUAGUGUGAAGAUCUUCUCAUGUUUUUGUUGGUGCAUUGCAAUUUAUUCAGUUCAGAAUGAACUUGAGCAGGAUGAAAUAAGGCUAUGACGUGUAAUCGUAGUUUUAAUAUAAAACAAUGUAUCACUAUCUUUUUAUUAGGCAGAAUUAAAUCUUGAUUCAAUAUAAUUAAUAUUUUUACGUUAGCAUUUCAUUUUUCUAAAUCAGAUAUAAAUUAUCCGUAUUUAGCAUAAAAUUUAUUCUCUCAAUGUUUCUUACUAUGCGUUCUAUGCUAUAAUAAACCUUAUUUAUUUUAUGAACUCAGCAAUUUGUCGAAGCGAUAAUUAUGGUAUCAGUCGAAGAUAAGUUUUCGCUGCCUAAGGAUGUUUCGAAUCCAGGACAGAUAUAAGUGAAACGAAUAGGAUCAUUAAGUAAGACACCACUGUCCUUUGACCUUGCGAAAAGAGGUUCUACGAGGAGAAACUAGCGAGUGACCGUGAGAAGUCAGAGAAAUCGCGAUAUACGAUGGUGCCGUAUCGGAAACACUUGUCCAGCGGAAAAAUCGAAAAAGCACGUUUAAACGCGCAAUUUGUCUGCACGUAUCUCAUUGUAUAUGCUGAAGGAUAAAAUUAAAAAUUGAUAUAUGAGUGUGCCCCCCCCCCCGCAAAAAUGAACAUUUGUCGCGUUAUGUAAAGAUGACAAAUGUCGUCAAGUAAUCGUCGAAUGACACGCGUGGGAGAUGUUUUGCAAAUGUAAUUUCAAGGAAGAACGAGUAAGGUCGAAGCGUUUUAAAAGCUUCUUUCUAACAAGACGUUACCGCAUUUUUCUUAUUAAGUAAUAAAACCUACGCGAGCAGCUAAUAGCAAAGCAAUCACGUUUUGCUUCUGUUUAUUGCGCGCUCGAGAGUAAAACCAAGUAAUCUUAAUAAGCAGAAUAAGUAUAAUCGCACACUCAUUUUCCGAAAUGUGCACGUCGCAAGUAAACGAGAAAAAUCCAUUUUUUUUUCAUAAUGCGUUUAAAUUAAUAAUAGUGUUUGCAUUGCAUCACAUAUCUUUAUACUAAUUUCAUUGCUGUCAUUGAAAUUAAUGAUUUGUCAACGGAUAUAUCGUCCAUGUAUAUAAAUGCAAAUGUAAAUAAAAUAAGAAAAUUUAUUCAUUA